UUCAAUGCGUCAGUUAUUAUUGUUUGUUUUUGUUUUCUUAUCUGCUACUAAAUACUCUUAAUUUAGUGAGCUCAGUGAGCGUGCUGAAGUGCUGAGAACAGCCCUGUUACUGACGAAAUCGCUUCUGUGUGAGGCGAAAUUUAUUUAUUUAGACUGUAGUUGACUGAUUAUAUAUGAAACAGCCAUUAGUAAAUCAGAAUGGUGAAAGAACUUCAGGCUAAAGUAUUAUAUGAUUUUGAAGCCCAGCCUGAUUCAGGAGAGUUAAAUAUCUGGACAGGAGAGAUAGUUACUAUUACCAAUCAAGAUAUAGGGGGAGGAUGGUGGGAAGGAAGGAAUAGCAAUGGUGAUCAUGGUUUGUUUCCUUCUUCAUAUGUUGAGGUUAUUGAAAAUUCUCAACCAGCAAACACUGGACAAUCAUUUCGCUCUCCUGAAUAUUCAGCAGACGAUAUCCAAGUCCUAAGUAGGCAAGAAAAUGAAGGUGCUCAAGAUUGGGAAGACAGUUGGGAUGAAGAUACGGGUAGUGGUAAUCAGAAAACUAAUGAUGCCUCUAAAGAUACUCCAGCAGGAUUUUUGUCUGUUCCUUCUAUUGAGAAGAAAAGUAGCAGUACUGGUGAUUUGACGGUGAUUGCCAGAGGAGAUGCUAGUGGUAAAUUAGGAAUAAAGAAAAGUUUUAACAGAUUUUCCGCGUUUGUGAAAUCUGGGGGAGAAAUGUUUAUUUUAGGAGAAACAAGUGUUACUGUAUCUCCUGAUGAUUAUGUUGAAAUAAUGGAGGAGGAUGGCGAAAUCAGAUGGGUUACAUCUGGUGAACCUUAUUCUUGUACUGUUUCUAAGCCGAAAAAGGAAAGCAAACUAAGGGGUCUGAAAAGUUAUAUUGCUUACCAAAUCACUCCAUCAUUUUCCAAUAUUGAAGUUAGUCGACGUUUCAAACAUUUUGAUUGGCUUCAUGAACGAUUGGAAACCAAAUAUGCUCUUAUUCCUAUACCUCCUCUUCCUGGAAAGCAAUUUUCAGGAAGGUAUGAAGAUAUGUUCAUUGAGCAUCGCAUGAUACAGCUGCAAAUGUGGGUAAAUCGAAUUUGUCGUCACCCAGUUCUUGGUCAUAGUGAUGUUUGGAAGCAUUUUAUAACCUGUACUGAUGAAAAAAUGUGGAAAACUGGGAAAAGAAGAGCUGAAAAAGAUGAACUUGUUGGUGCUUCAUAUUUUCAUGCUAUUAAAGCCCCUGAUGCACCUUUAGACCCUUACCAUGUAGAUACUCAGGUUGAAAAUUUUUCAAAGUUUUCGGCUAAAAUGGAUAAUACUGUCAAACAGAUGCAUGCAACUGCUCAAGAGCUGUGUAAAAAGUACUCUGGAUCUUACAAAAGGGAAUUUCACAAACUUGCUUCCUCUUUCAAAGAACUGGGUGACACUUUUGAGAUGGAAACAUCACCUUAUUCGACGGAUUUAACCAAAGCCAUUAAAGUAACUGGAGAAACAUAUGAAGAAAUUGGGGAUUUAUAUGGUGAACAGCCUCGAAAUGAUUUGGAACCUUUUGGAGAUAUUUUGCAUGAAUAUAAGGGUAUUUUAGCGUCAUGGCCUGAAAUUGUUCAAAUUCAAAAGGGUGCUACACAAAAAAAGAAGGAACAUCAGAAAUUAAUGGAAGAAGGAAAGCUUCCCCAGGACAGUGUGAUAUCUAUUGUCCGUCGCACUGAUAUCAUAUCGUAUGCUGUUCUGGCUGAAAUUACACAUUUUCAGCAAGAACAAGUCGGAGAAUUCAAAAAUAUGAUACAGAAUUUCCUUCAAGAACAAGUGAAAUUUUAUCUACAGAUUGCUGAGAAGUUACAAUCAGCGUUAGAUCUGUAUGACACAUAAUGUCUUUGUUCUGUAAAUUUCCUUUCAGACCGUCUUUGCUUGAGCGCUGCCAUAUAGAUCUUUUGUCUGAUGUUAUCAUUCUUUGAAUAUUUGUGCAGCUUAAAUAUUUAUUUACAUUUUGUACGUUAUCGUCCGUUUUAUUUUGUUACUGUUUGAAUGAUUGGCAGCACAAAUAACAGCUUUCAUCUUUAUGUAAAUGUUAAGUUUUGUCUUGUAAGCUAAUAUUCUGUGAAGAAUGAAAGCAUUCAAAAGUUGUCUGUAUUUAAACAUUUCUUUAUAGUCAUAAAUAUUUUAUUUUUGAUAAAAAGAUCUUGGGCUGGAUAAAUAGUGUUGAUUAGUGUUCUAUUUUGGCAUUUUUAAAUUAGCUGCGUAUUGUGUUUAUCGUAUUGUACAACUUAUAUGACCAAAUGCUUUUCUAGUCAUUUUCUUCCAAAUUUAUACUAUAGUUUUGACAAAUGUUUGUUUAUACGUUAAGUUUUUAUUUUCUCUUAGUUUAAAAUAAUUGUUGCUUUUGAACUUGACUCAUAGAAUCUCAUUUUUCUU